AUACAUACACGCCGUGUAUCCAGCGCCUCUUUCUCUCUCUCUCUCUAGUGACGCGGUUGCAGCAAAUGUGUUGCUGACCUAACGUUUCUUUCUUCUUCACUUGUUUAACUUCGUAGAUGGGUUCUCUUCCCAUUUCCCCAAACACACACACCAACCCAUUCUUGUCUUAAUUCCUUUUUCAUCUGAAUGCGUCCUUAGCGAUCACCAGCUGUUGUUGAGCUAGCUUUCUUUCCCCAAAAUUCGAAAAAAAUAAAAAUGAAAAGGGCGAAUUUGGACCUGCUGUUUUCAGUGAGCCGGAAGAGAUCAAUCCGCGCGUUGAUUCUUUUGGGGCUUUUCUACAUACUCUUCGUGUGCUGCGAAUUCCCGUUUGUAUUCAGAAAUGGGGCGGCUUCCGUUUCGUCGCAGGAGAAGCUGUUCAGCACCAACGAUGGGUUCUUCAAUUCGAAGCCUUUCCUGCUCGAGAGCGAGGAGAAUCUCGAGGAGAAAGAGGCCCCCCUUCGCCCCCUCGAUUUGGCAGUAGUCGAAUUCGCGAAAACCCCUCUUUCGAGCUUGAAUUUCAGCGCUGGCAUUGCUAAUUCGAGCUCUAAAGGCUCCAUUUUGAAGUCUGCGAAUGAUGCCCUCGAGCUCGGAAGCAAGCUAUGGCGGGAGCUCGAAUUGAUCGGGAAGAACGCUAGUAGUAAUAGGGGAUUUAGUGAGUUUGCUGGUUUGAAUAAGAAUAGCAGCGGCGGCGGCAGCUCUGAGCUGUGUCCGCAUUCGAUAUCGGUGACCGGGGAUGAAUUCUCGAAGAAUAAGAGAAUGAUGAUACUGCCGUGUGGGCUGACGUUAGGGUCCCACAUAACGGUGGUGGGGAAGCCGAGGGCGGCGCACGCGGAGACGGAUCCCAAGAUUUCGCUGUUGAAGGAAGGGCAGUAUUUGAUGGUUUCUCAGUUUAUGAUGGAAUUGCAGGGGCUGAAGACUGUGGAAGGGGAGGAUCCGCCGAGGAUCCUGCACUUCAAUCCGCGGCUGAAAGGGGAUUGGAGCGGGAAGCCGGUUAUUGAGCACAACACUUGCUACAGGAUGCAGUGGGGGACGUCGCAGAGGUGUGAGGGCUGGAAGUCUCGCGCUGAUGAGGAGACGGUUGAUGGGUUGUUGAAAUGUGAAAAGUGGAUACGUGAUGAUGAUAAUGGGUCAGAGGAGUCGAAGGCGACGUGGUGGUUGAACCGAUUGAUAGGAAGAACCAAAAAGGUGACUGUCGAUUGGCCAUUCCCUUUUGUGGAAGAAAAAUUGUUUGUGCUCACUCUUAGUGCUGGUCUAGAAGGAUACCAUGUCAAUGUUGAUGGAAAGCACGUCACUUCCUUUCCCUAUCGAACUGGGUUUGCCCUUGAGGAUGCGACUGGAUUAACUUUGAACGGGGAUAUUGAUGUUCAUUCCAUCUUUGCUGCUUCAUUACCCACAAGUCACCCCAGUUUUGCUCCACAAAGACAUCUGGACUUUUCUGAAAGAUGGAAAGCUCCCCCUCUUCCCAAUGCACCCGUUGAACUGUUCGUUGGUGUCCUUUCAGCAGGCAACCACUUUGCCGAACGGAUGGCUGUGAGGAGGUCUUGGAUGCAGCACAAGCUUAUUAAAUCUUCAGAUGUUGUCGUGCGUUUCUUUGUUGCUUUGCAUGGAAGAAAGGAAGUAAAUAUAGAAGUGAAGAGAGAAGCCGAGUUUUUUGGAGACAUUAUAAUAGUUCCAUAUAUGGACAACUAUGACCUUGUUGUGCUGAAAACUGUCGCUAUCUGUGAAUAUGGGGUAAGGACUGUAUCAGCGAAGUAUAUCAUGAAGGGUGAUGAUGACACCUUUGUAAGAAUAGACGCAAUUAUUAACGAAGCAAAGAAAGUUCCAGAGAACAAGAGCUUGUAUAUUGGAAAUAUAAAUUACUAUCAUAAGCCCCUCCGCAGUGGUAAAUGGGCAGUCACGUACGAGGAAUGGCCGCAGGAAGACUAUCCGCCCUAUGCAAAUGGACCCGGCUACAUUAUCUCGUCCGACAUUGCAAACUUUAUUGUUUCCGAUUUUGAGAAUCGAAGAUUAAGGUUGUUUAAAAUGGAAGAUGUUAGCAUGGGAAUGUGGGUGGAGAAAGUGAACAGCUCGAGAGCAGUAGAAUACAUUCACAGCUUGAAGUUCUGCCAGUUCGGGUGCAUAGAAGAUUACAUAACAGCACAUUACCAAUCUCCAAGGCAGAUGAUUUGUCUUUGGAACAAACUAAGACAGGUAGGGCGGCCCAUUUGUUGCAACAUGAGAUGACAAAGCGCACUAGCAAGGUAGAACCUGUCUGAAGACGGAAAUCAGCAAAUUUUGCAGAGGAAGUCCGAAUACACUGUAAAUCAACGUGGUGAUGGAAAUGGUUGGAGCUGUUCGUGUCGUGGCCCUCUGAAAUCGUUAAAUUUGUUCUUUGUACUGACUUUAUUUCUAGGUAUAAUCCGAGGAUGGCACGAGGGAAUGCUCUCUCCCUAGCCUACCUUAACUUGACUCUUUGACAGUAGUCCGAGAUCGCGUAUAGAUUUGCUGUGUCUUAGCAAUUUUGUUGCUCUUACAUGAAUGUGAUGUUUCAGCUACUUUUUCUUGCU